CCUCUGGAGUAAGACCGACAUGGGGCCGCUUCGGUGGCGUACUUUGAUCCUGGGAGUAGCUGCCUUCAUGUUGGGGAGCUGUUCCAGCUCCUCCUCCCUCUUCUUUCGCACGAUGUACACAACGGUGUCGCAGCCCGGCCAGGGACUGCACCAUUUCACUGCUGUGGCGUACGCGGACGACCAGCCCAUUGGGCGUUACGACAGCCAUACGAGGAGGCUGCUGCCUCAGAUCUCCUGGAUGAAGAAGGUGGAGGAGGAAGACCCGGAGUACUGCGACAGGUACACCCAGAUGGCCCGGAACGAUGAGAAAGAUUUCAGAGGGGACCUGGUUUACCUGCGGAACCGCUACAACCAGAGCAAGGGCUUUCACACCUUACAGAUGAUGAUCGUCUGUGAGGUGAGGCCAGACGGGAGCAAAGGGGGGCACUGGCAGUACGGCUACGAUGGGAGGGACUUCCUCAGCUUCGACAUGGAGACCUUCAGUUGGACAGCGGCCGAUGUGGAGGCCCAGCAGACCAAGAGCCGGUGGGAGGCCGAGACCAUCAUUGUCCAGCGCUUCCAGUUCUACAUGGAGAAGACCUGCGCUGAGUGGAUGCAGAAAGACCAGGACUAUGGCACGGAGAGGCUGCUGAGGAAAGGACCCCCAGCAGUGAGGGUGACCUGCAAGGUGCACUACGACGGCAUGGAGACCCUCGUCUGCCGGGCCCACGGCUUCUACCCCAGGGAGAUCGAUGCCGUCUGGAUGAAGGACGGGGAGGUCUGGGUGGAGGACACGUUCCGUGGGGUGGUGGCCCCCAACUCGGAUGGGACCUACUACACCUGGCUGGGCGUUAAGAUCGACCCCAAGGACAGGGGGCGCUACCGGUGCCACGUGGAACACGACGGCCUGCUGGAACCUCUGGACUUGGCCUGGGAGGAGCCUACAGGUUUAGCAUCCAACAUGGUUCUCGUCACUGCGUGUGUUGUGGGGGCCGUCCUGCUGGGGGCUCUGUUGGCUGGGAUCUGGUUUUACAGAAAAUGCCAAGAUGGCUACAAAGCAGCAUCAGCAUGACUGACCUCGUCUGUAUACCUCUGGGGCUGGAAGCAGGUUCCCCAUGGCAAGAAGUGGGAUGAUUUAUACUUGGGAUCCCUUUUGAUUGCCGAGAGCUUUCAGUGACUGCAGAUUUUAUCUAUGAUAAAUGACUGGUUAGACAAAGUGUGGGACUCCGCAAUUAUGGCAAAGUUCACACGUUCCGUUAGAAUGACAGGGACAAGUUUACAGAAUAUUGAUUGAGUUUUGAGUUUGUUUGUUUUUAAAAAAUAAGAUAUCCAAAUAUACAUUUCCAUUUUUUCCCAGAAAUUUGAUUUUAUAAUCUAUCAAUUCAAUGUGUUUAUUUCUGUUUGCUGAGAGGUGAAUAAGCUGAGUUUAGUAUUUAAAUAGUUUCUGUAAAAAACAAACAAACUGAAAAUUGAUAUUAUAUAUUAGAAUGUGCAGUGUAAUUUUGGUAUUGGGAAAUCUUUUUGUAAUUCUUUUCUGAAUAUGGAAAAAGAUAGAUGCAUCUGUUUUCCACUUCUUAAUUCCAAGGUCAUCCAGUAAGUCAAGAGUAAAAUACUCUUAGCCUUUGCCUGACUUCCCUUGUGGUAGAACUAGGCCUUAAGACGGGAUGAUGUAGCAAUUAGUGCUGGUCCAGGCUCAAAUCCCCAUUCAGUCAUGCAGCUCACUGAAUGACCAUGGGUCAGUCACAAUCUCUCAGUGCUUUUCUUCACAAGGCAUUUAUUGUGCGCUAGUUAUUCCCUUACUCACGGUCAUUUAUGGGUUCUUUAGAUGAUGUCCACAACCCUCCAGUUUCACCUCGGAGUCCAACGAGCACUUUCGGCAAGUUGUUUUAGAGCGGGGGAAAUGCAGCAUUUAAUUGUGAAAGCAAAAGAAAGCACAAUUUCCUCUUGUGUAUUUGUGCUAUUCCACUAUACUACAGUACCACCUAGAGGUGAUGUCGCUGAAUAGCAGGAAAAUGUUUGGAUCUGAAAGUAGAUGCAACAGAUUAACAGCCUUGUGUAGAAAAGCUCUUGGCCUGAUCUACCUCACAGGGGUGUUCUGAUGAUAAAAUGCUUGCUUCAGGGGUGUCAGGGAAUAUUCCAACACCUGCUGGAGUAAUAACAGGAAAGGCUAAUAAAGGGAAGGACAUCAGAAGCUGGGAAAGAGCGAGGGGAGCUGGUUUGACUGGGAUUUGCUAAGUGAGAAGCAGUGUGAAGUAUUCCAGGAAGAGAGCUGGUUGAUGUGGCAUUACACCCUACAAGUCAAUUCCCAAAUGUAUGUCUGCAGUUUGUAAGUCUGUGGAUUUUAGAAUGUUGACCUGAGUGGGCGGAGUUAGAAUGUCUGGGGAGGGGGAGGAGUCAUAUAUAAGGGAAGGACGGAGGGGAUUGUGAGAGACUUUUUAGGUCCUCUUAGAGUCUUUAGUGCUCUCUGUGUUUAGAGUACUUAAGUUCUGGGAAAUUUGAGAGUCAGUGUAAAGAGUGGUGUCUUUGGAGUGUGGUGUGCACGUAGUUGAUGUAUAUUAAUACUGAUAAUAAAGAAAGUUCAAGAUUGAUUGUGUGAGAAAAAGGAAAGCGCGUAUGUGAGUGAGUGAAAGGAUUGUAUGACAGGUUUCAAUUUUUAAAUGGUUUAUUUGAAACAAAGCUUGUGUACUUUUGAAAAUAAAUUUUGAUUGUUUUGUUUUUAAACUACCACAAAAA